AUGUACGAUUUCUAUUGGAAGCCGAAACCGCUCAACGUGCUCUCGCCGUGGAGCGCCUACAUCAGUCACAUUGAGAAUGAGUUGAUGCAUCUCAAAGUACACUCGUCGUCUGUGACAUCGUCGGGAUGCUCGUCGCCGGUGUCGCAUUCGGUGCGAUCCGUCGGCAAUUCGCUGUCGAAUGGAAGUGUUGGCUCGAACACCUCGUCGGACGCCGACGUCCAACUGUCCAAUAAGGAGAACUCGAACGACAAAGCGAUCGGUGAUAAGAAUGCGAACAUUCCGGAGAAGCCGCUUCCAGCGGCGCCGCAAGAGGAGCCGGUUCGAGUACGGGCAUCGCAUCGCGAGAAGCUCACAGAUUCGCAGGUGCUUGACGAGCUGCGCACCAUUGUGAACCCGUCGAAUCCGGCGGCGAUUUACGAAAUGAAGAAGCAGAUUGGUGUUGGGGCUUCCGGAACGGUGUACGUCGCGAACGUCGCUGGAAGCAAUCAGGUUGUUGCCGUGAAGCGGAUGGCGUUCAAGACACAACCGAAAAAGGAGAUGCUUCUCACCGAAAUCAAAGUGAUGAAGAAGUUUAGGCAUCCGAAUCUCGUCAAUUACAUUGAUUCGUAUCUCGUCGACGCCGACGAUUUGUGGGUUGUCAUGGACUAUCUGGAAGGCGGCAAUCUGACCGACGUCGUUGUGAAGACGGAACUCGACGAGGGACAAAUCGCCGCGGUGCUCAAAGAAUGCCUCAAAGCAUUGGCGUUUUUGCACGGGCACUCGAUUGUGCAUCGCGACAUCAAGAGCGACAACGUGCUGCUCGGAAUGAACGGCGAGGUGAAGCUCACCGACAUGGGAUUCUGUGCGCAAAUUCAGCCGGGCUCGAAACGCGACACCGUCGUCGGAACACCGUACUGGAUGUCGCCGGAGAUUCUCAACAAGAAGCAGUACAACUACAAGGUCGACAUUUGGUCGUUGGGCAUUAUGGCGUUGGAGAUGAUCGACGGCGAGCCGCCGUACUUGCGAGAGACGCCGUUGAAGGCGAUCUAUUUGAUAGCCCAGAAUGGAAAGCCGGAGAUCAAGAAGAAGGAUGAGCUGUCGCCGGAGUUUUUGCAUUUCCUCGAUAGGUGUUUGGUUGUGGAUCCCGAUCAGAGGGCCGACACCGCCGAGCUUCUCGCUCAUCCAUUCUUGACGCGAGCCAAACCUCUGUCAUCGCUGGUGCCGUACAUCAAAGCGGUGAAGGAGUCGUUCGGGCACAAGUAG